AUGCCCCCGAUUGCGGGGUUCUCCGGUGAGUCUCAAUCAUCAGAUGUUGCAACAUACACAGGUUGUUUCCGCAGCGGGCAAAGGGGGGGGGGGUAUGCUUCCGUUUUCAGGCGGCGAAACAGUGGCCAAAGACUCGCUCGAGGCAAGCCCGGGGGCCUGGCACUUUACACUGGGCACCGAAUGAUACGUAAGAAGAGGACUCAGAAUAGAUUGUUUGGCUGGCAGUAG